GAUAAGAAGUUUUAUGAAAAACUAGUGAUAGUGUUUCGUGGAGCUAACCUAUUUUCAAUCGUAUAAAAAUAAAUUAUUUAUUAAAAUGGAAUUAACCGAAAGGAUUUUGCAUUACUUAGACAAAACUGAUAAAGUGGAAACUUUAGUGCUGGCGAGAGAAUUCAAUGAAGACCAUCAGAAAAUAGUAGGGGCGGUGAAAAGUUUGGAGGCCCUGGACAUGGUAAUAUCGGAAGCCGUAAAAAGUACAAAAUGGGACCUUACGGAGGAAGGACAGUUGGUGGCAGAGAAGGGCAGCCAUGAAGCAGUGUUAUACAGGAGCGUGCCUGAUGCUGGGAUAACACAGGCCGAACUUAUGAAGUCUGGACCGAAUGCAAAAGUUGGCUUCAGUAAAGCAAUGUCAGCAGGAUGGAUCCAAAUAGAGAAAUCAGGGGGAGCACCUAUUGUCAAGAAGAAAGUUGACACCAUCACAGAUACUGUACAAGAUCACCUUAAUGAAAUAAAAAAAGGCAUAGACAACUUAACAACGAAUGUGCGUAAUGAUUACAAAAAACGGAAGUUGGUACAAGAAAUAACAAUCAAAAGCUUCAUCUUAACGAAAGGGCCACAAUUCUCCACGACAAUCAAGAAACUAGAAACCGAUUUAACAAGUGAAAUGUUGUUGACAGGGUCAUGGAAGACUUUGCAAUUCAAACCUUAUAACUUUGAUGCAUUAGGACAACCACCAGAGAGUGGUCACCUGCACCCACUUCUGAAAGUCCGUUCGGAGUUCAGGGAGAUCUUCUUAGAGAUGGGUUUCAAGGAGAUGCCAACAAAUUUGUAUGUGGAGAGCUCUUUCUGGAACUUCGAUGCUCUGUUCCAGCCGCAACAGCACCCAGCCCGGGAUGCACACGACACAUUCUUCGUUUCCUCUCCAGCUAGUAGUACGGAGUUCCCCAUGGAUUACCUAGAGAGAGUCAAGAAGGUUCACAGUGAAGGUGGUUACGGUUCUCUGGGUUACCGGUAUGACUGGAAGAUCGAAGAGGCGCAGAAGAACCUCCUGCGCACGCACACCACGGCCGUCAGCGCCCGCAUGCUGUACCACCUCGCGCAGCAGAAGGAGUUCACGCCGCAGAAGUAUUUCAGUAUAGACAAGGUGUUCCGCAACGAGACGCUGGACGCGACGCACCUGGCUGAGUUCCACCAGGUGGAGGGCGUGGUGGCGGGCCGCGGGCUGGCGCUGGCCGACCUCAUCAGCGUGCUGGACCAGUUCUUCCAGCGGCUCGGCUUCACGCGCCUGCAGUUCAAGCCGGCCUACAACCCCUACACGGAGCCUAGCAUGGAGAUCUUCGCUUAUCACACUGGUCUGGGCAAGUGGAUCGAGAUCGGCAACUCGGGACUGUUCCGUCCAGAGCUGCUGCUCCCCAUGGGCCUGCCCCCAGACGUGAACGUGAUCGCGUGGGGCCUCUCUCUGGAACGCCCCACCAUGAUCAAAUACGGUCUCAACAACAUACGCGACCUUGUAGGACCCAAAGUUGACCUGCAAAUGGUCGAAAACAACCCCAUUUGUAGGCUCGAUAAGUAAUUAAGUUCUUACUUUACAUAAUUUAUUGAAAUAUAUGCAGUUUGAAUUCAA